GGCGGAGGGGAAGCCGGACGAGGCGGAGCGAAGUCCGGCCUGGAAGCGCCAUGGCCGGGGCCGGCGCGCCCGAGAUGCAGGUGGCAUUUGAGGACGUUAUUGUUUAUUUCUCCAAGGCGGAGUGGGAGAUGCUGGAGAAGUGGCAGAAGGAACUGUACUGGGAUGUCGUGAAGGACAACUACGAGUCUUUGAUUGUCGUGGGGAAUCCAAUUACGAGGUCUGACUUUAUAGCAUGGUUUGAACAGCAGAGCUGCAUAAAAAGCCAGGAAUCCAGAGCCGUGGAUCCCUCUUCAACAGAUGAAAGAUUUAGACAGGUAACCUCUAAACGACAUGCCGAGAUGCUGGAACCUCCCAAGAUGGUGGGCGGCAGAUCCGAGGAAGAGGGAGCUCAAUAUGGUGAUCUGGGGGCACCACCGCCUGAGCAAGUGCCAGUAAUGCAGCAGGGUAGCCUGAGGCGAGACCAGCACCGUCCACCCCUGGAAAAGGCUGUGCCUGCGAAAGCCAGCUCCACCUAUUCCCAGGAGGCACCAAAGCCGUACCAGUGUAGAGAAUGUGGCAAGAGGUUCCGGAUGAAAGGGCUGCUUCGUAUACAUCAGAGGGUCAGUUUGCGGAAGUUGUCCCUUCCUUGCCCCAAGUGUAGCAUUUGCUUUCCUGGCAUCCGGUAUCUAAGGAGCCAUCAGAGGAUCCACAGUCGUACACGUGUGGACAGCGGGGGUGCCGACGGCUUGGGUACGUGCCGCGGGAGCCAGUCGGAGGAGAGGUGGUACUUCUGUGCAGGCUGUGGGGAGAGCUUCCACAGGUACCUUGGCUUUUUGCAGCACCAGAAAACCCAUGGCGAGGUGAGGCGCUGGCUGUGCAUCCAGUGUGGUGUCACUUUUCCAUACCAGAGUGACCUUGAGAUGCAUGAAGAACGCCACUUGGAUGAAGCGCUGUAUAGCUGUGCUCCGUGUGGGGAAAACUGCGUCUGCGAACCUUCGCUCCUGCUCCAUUUUGCACCUCACCUUGGAAAGAGGGUGGAGAGCAGCGGGGCGGGUUUGCAGGAGGACAAGAGCCAGCACUGGGAAGCGAAGGGCAUGCAGGAGAAGCCCUAUUCGUGCCUUCAGUGUGGGCAGCGGUUUAGAUUAGAAACGAACCUGAAGGUGCACUACAGAUACUGCCUUAAGGCGAGGCUGCAGAAAUACAGAUAUAGCGGGACCCCAGCAGAGCACCAAAAGGCUUCUGACACAAAGGCACAUAACACAUCGGUCCCGAGGGCCAGUGGGAACAGCUCCUGCCCCCCUUCGCAAGCAUCUUGUGCUCCGUGGGCUUGCUCAGAUUGCGGGAAGCGUUUCACCUCUAGGCAAAGCCUCUGCAAACAUCAGCGGAGGCACAGAGCGGAGGAGCACUGGAGUGCUGCAGGGCUCAACAAAAGCGUCCACCCGACGAGCGUCUUUGGGGGCAGCGUGGCGGUUGGCGUGACAAAGAAGCUGCACAAGUGCCUGGAAUGUGGGAAGAGGUUUGUGUACAAGUGGCAGCUGGUCAUGCAUGUGAAAACUCAUGCAAAAGACAACUGCUACCCGUGUCCUUUUUGCAGAGAAAGUUUCGGCUGCAGAGGCAGCAUUUGGAAGCACCUUCGGAUGCAUCUGAAAGAAAGGUCACGUAGCGGUCAGCGCCGCAAGGACUUUGGCGUGCCGGCCCUUGCCAUGAAACGGAGGAAGCAAGGAGAGAAGAAACUCCACGUAUGUGCCGAAUGUGGCCAAAGCUUCACCCAGUCCUACUUUUCGGCCCACAAGGCGUGGCAUGCGGGGGUGAGGUACAGGUGCCUUUGGUGCGGGAAACUGUCUAGCUUCAAGAGUACGGGUUACCGUCACCUCCAGCACCACAGGGACAAGGGUGAUUUUCUCACCUGUCCCAAAUGUGGGAAUGGAGAUGCCUCCAAGAAGUGUUUCUGCCUGUUAGAAAGAAUUUAUAUUGAGCAGAAGCCACGGCCACCUCCUGGCAGUCAAGAAGAGAUGAGUCGGCCCACCAAGGACUCGUGUGGAAAACGCAUCUCUCCCGACAGCUACAAAUAGCACAUCCUCUUGGGAACAAAGCAGGGCAAGUGAGCGGAGAGCGAAAAGGACCGUUGCGGGCAGCAGAAGCCCAAACCCUGUUGCAAAAGUUACCCAAAGCCUUUCAAGCGCAUGGAGUGUGGGAAGGACUUUGCCUGCAAGAGUCGUCUGAUAAUGCCUCACAGGUCUCACACGGGCAAGCAGCCGUUCCAGUGCACCGAAUGCGGCAAGAGUUUUAUCCACAAGAGCUACCUCAACUUGCACUGGAAGAUACAUGUUGAAGAGCGUGUGUGUGUGUGAGAGAGAGAGCCAGGCUUGAACGUUGGCCUGCCAGAGGAGAGGAUGUGGGAUGUACUGAUGGGGCUGGUGACGGAGGAUGGAGGGGAAGGGUGGGGGCUAGCUGUUGCAGGCCUUGAGAUGGCUGCAUGGGAAGAGGGGCGAAGCAAGGGAAGACAAGCGUGCCCCCUAGGAAGGAGGCCUGCAGGCUCAUAUCAGCACCAGCAGGUAGGGGGGAGGUUCUCUACAGGCACUGAAGUGUUACUAGUCUGGCCAUGCUGGUUGGGAGCUCCGGGUUCUUCAUGUAUGUUUUAUUCUUUUUGUUCAGAUAUCCAGGAGGAAAGGAACUGUGGUUCCCCCUCCUUCAAAUAUAAACGUUUGGAGAGGUUCGUUUCAAACAUGUCUGUGCAAUGAGGGGGGGGGAUUACAUGGGUCAGAAUCACAGUAAACGCAUGCAAAGUGAGAGACUUCGCUGUGUCCACAUGUCUUGGCUGAGCGACCAUUUGA